CUGCUGGCCCUGGGGGAAGCCAGCCCCGCUGCUCCCCCAUAAAAGCAGCCCGGUGGCCGUGACCCCAGCAGACGGCGGCUCUGCCCGGCGCUACCGAGGGGCCCUCCUGCAGUCCGUCAUGGCGAAGGCAGCCGGGGUAGUUUGCACCCUCCUCCUCCUCCUCCUCGCUGUGCUGUGCUGCCAGAGCCUGGCUCAGAGAGCCCCGGCCAUGCCGGACAAGUGCUGUUUCAACUUCCAGAUGAGAAGGAUCAAGAGAGACAACAUCGUCGCCUGUUACCCCACCAGCCCUGAGUGCCCGCACCAGGCUGUGAUCUUUAGGGUGAAGAGCGGGAAGGAGAUCUGCGCCCAGAAGAGCAGGCCCUGGGUGAAGAGGUACCAGAAGAGCUUCCAAGUCAGCUCCUUCUCCAUCCCCAGCUAGAAAGGCAGCCAGAGGCAGUGUGUCCCCUCCACAGGGGACGGGAUACCACGAAGGUGACCCCCUUGGCAGCGGCAGCCACGGGAGCACCACAUUUGGAUAGAGCAGCUCAUCGGUGACAUCUUCCCCACCACGCUGUGAUGACCCUCACCACCUCCCUGAAGGCAAAGGGCCUCGGCCGUCCCCGGCACCCCACUGGGAUGGGGUGUGCCAACCCCAUGGGGUGCUGGGGUCCAGCCCCACUGCCAGCCCCCCAGGCUCUCAGCCCCACUCUGCCUGUACCCUUCGCAGGCAGCAGCAGCGUGGGGGUGAGGCUGCGCUCGCCGGACCAGCUGCAGCAGAAGGGUUAAGGGGGGAGCAGCUCCACGGUUAUUAUUAUUUUUUUGUACAACAC